AUGGCUGGUAUGCGAGUCUUACUGCCUGGUUUGCUGGCGAUUCUGCCCCACUGUUUAGCACAAUAUGCCGAUUUCUCCAUACCUUCGACAUAUACCAACUGGGACAAUGAAGGCUGGGAAUUGAGCACAGAUCGCCUGAUUCAGGGUCAAUACCAGUCUCGUGCGCCUAUGGGUAAUGGAUUAAUAGGCUGCGGGCUCGCUGCUGCAGGUCCCUUCUUCGAGGCAGAUGUCAACCUGACCGAUCCCAACGGUGGUAACCUACCAAUCAACGGAUGGCCUUUGGACAAUCCCAGACAAACUUUCUGUACGGUCUCGGGUUUCUUCAACUCUCAGAGAAACACCACUAGAACCAACUUCCCCGAACUGCUUCUGAAGGNNGGUGGAGAAAGCGUGAUUGCUGGUAUUCCCAACUGGCCGAACCUGAUCCUCCAAGUCGAAGGUGCCACUCUGAAUGCAUCUGUGGAUAACUCUACAAUCUCUGACUUCAAGUCCACAAGAUCGCUGAAGAAUGGACUUCAGACAUGGAACUACACCUGGACUCCAAGCCCAAACACCAGUUUGGCUGUCUCUUAUGAGAUGUUCAUGGAUCGCUCUCAACCAAAUGUAGCUGCAGUCAGACUCUCCGUCAAAUCCGCCUCUUCAAUCAAUGCUACCAUCACCGAUUUGAUCGAUGGAAGAGGUGCAGUUCGAUCUGAUCCCCAUUCCACAGGUAUGCUGGACAACUCCAGCACGAUAUAUUCCGCAGUAUCGCCGCACUGGCUGGGGAACAUUACUGCUUGGAUCUUCUCGACCGUAGAAGGACCAGGUCUAUCUGUUUCGUCUCGCAUGAAUGCCUCAUCCAGUUUCUACCUUCCGUCCAAUGACAGCACCAUCGGACAAUCCUGGAAUGUAGCAUUGAAUGCUGGUUCAACCGUCACUGUAUCGAAGUACGUCGGUAUUGCGUCUUCUGAUGGAUUUAGUGACCCACAGUCUGUUGCUCAAGCUGCAUCUCUGCAGGCUUCCAAGACUGGUUUCGAUGAGCUAUUCAAAGGUAGCUCGCAAGCCUGGGCCGAGAUCCUAACAGACGACAUGGUGGACGAUUACACUCUCCCUGAUGGUUCUCUCCCACAAGACCAGAACGUGGUCGACAUGCAGAUCAUCUCAAAAGCCAAUGCUCACUAUCUACUUCAGAAUCUCCUGCCCGAAGAUGGAAGUGAUUUGAACCACUGGUCCAUCAGUGUAGGUGGGCUCGGGUCAGACUCCUAUGCUGGACUGAUCUUUUGGGAUGCCGAUAUUUUCAUGUCGCCUGGAGUUUCUGUCUCGCAUCCUAAAUAUGCCGCUCAGAUCCCCAAAUACCGUGUCAUGUUGUCACCGCAAGCAGCGAUCAAUGCUCGGGAGAACGAUUUCUCGAGCGAGGCUAUAAUAUAUCCCUGGACAAGUGGCCGUUAUGGUAACUGCACCGGCACGGGACCCUGUGUUGAUUAUCAGUACCAUCUGAACAGUGACAUCUUCCUCAACAAUUUGCUAUACUGGCGAGUCACUGGGGAUGACAGCUGGUUUAAGAAUCAAGCCAUCCCUGUCAACGACGCGGUCGUGCAGAUGUUCUCCGAACUGGUUCGCUACAACCAGACUGUUGGUGGAUACUCGAUUUCUAAUCUUACUGAUCCAGAUGGCAAGUUUAAUUUCAUAGGUGUACAUGGUGCUAAGCUAAUAUCACACANNGAGUAUGCAAAUCAGGUUCCUGAUGGUGCUUACACGCUAGCCUCAGUCGCCAAGAUCAUCGAGUGGACUGAGGGAUACUCUGAAGAGUUCUCGUUGGAUGUCAAAAGCAACUGGUCAUCGAUCGCAGAGAACGUUGCCUUGCCUUUUGCGCCGUCAGGAAUCUUGACAGAGUUCCUUGGUGCAAACAAUACGGCAGUGAUCAAGCAAGAUGACGUUGAUCUGAUCAACUAUCCUCUGGACUACAGCUCUGAGAAUUACACCAGAGCAGACAAGCUCACUUCAUUGGACUACUACGCUGUCAAGCAAUCUCCUGAUGGACCUGCAAUGACUUACAGUCUCUACUCAAUUUCCGCCAACGCACUUUCUCCAUCUGGUUGUUCUUCGUUUACAUACGCACUGAAUGGAUUCAAAGCCUACACUCGUGCGCCUUGGUAUCAGUUCUCCGAACAGCAGGUUGACAAUUUCACGCUCAACGGUGGUACGAACCCAGCAUUCCCUUUCAUGACUGGAGCUGGUGGCUGGCAUCAGGUCGGUCCCAUGGGAUGGCUCGGUGCUCGAGUGGUGGAGGAUCAACUUAUCCUCCAACCAGCUCUACCGCCUCAAAUCCCCUACGUCAGCCUCCGCACAAUCAUCUUCGGCGGAGCAGGAAUCAAGGCUACCAUGAACUACACUCACACCAAUCUUACCCGGGUGGACGUAUCCACCUAUCUGCCAGCCAACAGUAGCGACAUUUAUGCCAAUCAAUCAAUGCCGAUCGCGAUCGGGUUCUCCAUUGAGGAAGGCCGUAACAUCAGCAUAGCUGUUGGUCAGACGCUGACGAUAGAGAACCGUGUAUACUUCGACAACAUCACCACGGCAGGAAAUCUCGUCCAGUGCUUGCCAGUGAUGUCCGAAGGAGAGUAUCAACCGGGUCAAUUCCCUCUUGCAGCUGUUGAUGGAGCGGCCAGUACUCGCUGGCAACCCAGGACUCGUCAACCUGCAUCUCUGACAGUUGACAUGCAGAACGUAGACUACCAGCCACUGACUGGUGUAUCGUUCGACUGGGGCAGCCGUCCGCCGACAGCAGCUCGCGUUCUUGUCUACAACUCUACAAGCGGAUCGAAUGACAGUUCUACUGAUAUUCGAACUGCAGCCUUUUCUGACAUUGCCAUCUCGAUGCCGUAUAAUGCUGCUACCAAUGAUAUCGUCCAGGAGUAUACGGGUAAUAUGUCUUACUUCAGGUUCUCGACUCCUAUCUGGUCAGGCCAGUAUGUCACACUCGAGAUCAGUGGCUGUCAAGCAACAGGCGACGAGUUGGGCGCAACAGUAGCCGAGUUCAAUCUAUUGGGUGCUGACGGUGCAAGUGUGGUCGGGAGCGGUGCCGGUGCCAACGGAACAUCGUCGAACGCGACCACGAGCGUUGUAACUCCGAGUUCAACGAGAGGAUCAGUGAGCUCCCUGGCGACUGCAUCGAUUACGGCGACGCGUACUCCAAGCUCUCCGUCUCUUCUUGCAUCAAACACAGGAAUCAAGCCUGUCAGCAGGUCUGAAUUCUGGUGGAUGUUUACCAGUUUCGUGAUGGUUGUUGCCUUGCUGUAA